AUGGUAACUACAAAAAAAAACCUAAAAUAUGAGAAAGAAACUGUUACUGAAUUGAAAAAGGCUAUUUCCAAGUUAACGGAAGAAAAAAAAAGGUUGAAAGAAAAACUUGGGGUAGCUAAACUUAAUUUAGCAAGGAUAAUGGGAGUAAGAAAAACAAAACUUGCUUUAUUUGAAUUUAUAAAAAACCUACGAGUGGAAGAAAUAUCACUAGAAAAAGACAGAGAAAACUAUCUUUUAGAAAGUUGCUUACUUAAUCACUUAGCCAAAGAAAGCAUGAAAAAAUAUAGAAAAAUAACUGCUCAAUCUUUUAGAAAACUAAAACUCAUCCAAAAUGAUGAGGGUGUCAAGUUUUAUCAAUCGUUUAAUCAGGAUGAAUUUAGACCUUAUAAAGGAGAAGAGAGAGAAAAAUCAUUAACUGAACUAGAAAAAGAUGCCAACCCACAAAUUGAAAAACUAGACAAAUAUUUUGCUAAGAAAGUAAUUGGAGACAACCAACAACAAUUACUCGGAAUUUUCCAUGCUUUACAUGAAGUGGAUAAAAAAUGA